AUUAUCACACUCCGAACUUCAGUAACCUGUGACGGGGUUGUCCUGUUGGACUUGAAACUAUAACCACGCCUGUCUCAAAAUGGGCUUCACUGUGAUGCCGGUGGCUUUAAGAAAAGUGUAGCGGGAAUUAUCUUUCUUUUUAUCGUCGGGGAGAGAGAAGCUACUCAAUGACAGAUUCAUAAAUGGCUGAGGAAGUUUUGUUAACGUCGUCGGGGAAAAUUACAUCAGAUAAAGCAAAACAGCACCUGACUUCCUCUCUGUUGGCGGUAGCGUUCCUCACCUCCUUCGGGAGCUCCAUGCUCUAUGGCUACAACCUGGCAGUGGUAAACUCUCCAGCUGUGUACAUCAAGGACUUCUACAACAGGACCUCGGUGAGCCGUAAUGGGACUGGUCUGGACAGCGAGGCCCUGACCCUCAUGUACUCCCUCACCGUGUCCGUGUUCGCCGUCGGCGGCCUGGUGGGCUCCCUCAUGGUGGGCAUACUCGUCACGCGUUUCGGCAGGAAGGGCACGGUGGUGAACUCGACGGUGCUGGUGUUUAUCGCCGGGUCACUCAUGGGCUUCAGCAGAAUAUGUGGUUCUCCUGAGAUGGUCAUCAUUGGCCGCUUCAUCACUGGGAUACACUCAGGCAUAUCCCUCAGUGUGGUGCCCAUGUACCUGGGUGAGAUCGCUCCCAAGAACCUCCGGGGCUUCCUGGGUCUGGUGCCCAGCAUCUUCAUCUGUGCCGGGGUCUUCUCCGCUCAGAUCCUGGGCCUCCACGAGCUCCUGGGGAAGGAGGAGCACUGGCCCCUGUUCCUGUCCCUGGUGGUGGUGCCCACCUUCAUUCAGUUGAUGAUGUUGCCAUGGUUUCCUGAAAGCCCCCGCUACCUGCUGAUAGAGAAACACAACGUCCACGCCACGAUCACCGCUCUAAAGUGGUACCGGGCCAAGUGCAACAUCCAAGCGGAGAUCGAGGAGAUGCAGGAGGAGCAGCGCUCCCUGUCGUCCGUGGAGACAGUCUCGGUAUGGCAACUGCUGCUGGACCCAUCGGUGCGCUGGCAGCUUCUCAGCGUGGUGGUCAUCAACAUCGGCAUGCAGCUGUCUGGCAUCGACGCUAUUUGGUUCUACACCAACGACAUAUUUGAGAAUGCAGGUAUCCCUGCCCCAGAGAUCCAGUACACCACAGUGGGUACGGGGGCCAUAGAGAUCAUUGCUGGCCUCGUCGGGUGUUUCACCAUAGAGAAGCUGGGAAGAAGGCCUCUCAUUAUCGGGGGGUUUGCAGUCAUGGGAAUCUGCUGUGCUGGGAUCACUUUCUCCCUCAUUCUACAGGUUCACGUAUCGUUCAUGCGGUACGUCAGUGUGGGGUGUGUGGUCGGGAUCAUCGCUGGGUUCUGUAUCGGCCCCGCGGGAGUACCAUUCCUGAUUACUGCUGAGCUGUUUAAGCAGUCCCACCGGCCAGCAGCGUACACUGUGGGAGGGUCCCUCAACUGGAUAUCCAACUUCACCGUGGGCUUCGUAUUCCCCUUUCUACAGAUGUCCGCUGGGUCCUACUGCUACCUGGUGUUUGCCAGUGUGUGCCUGGCCGUGGCCAUCUUCGUGUUCUUCGUCAUCCCGGAGACCAAGAACAAGACGUUCGUGGAGAUCAGCCAGAUGUUUGCCUCCAAAGAGGCGGUCCCUGAGACCCAGGCACUCAGCCACCCCGACCAGCUCAAACUGAGGAAGAUGAACGGAUACGGAACCCUGGAGCACGGCUCAAUGGAGUUUGACAGCUCCUCCUCCGUCCCAUGAGCCAAUGAGAGUGCAAAUUUAAAAAAAAAAAAGAGAGAGAGAGAGAUAGAGAGAGUGUAAAGACCAAUGUCUAAAUGAUCCCAGAGAUCGUGAGACUGUGUUAAACAUCUUGACAAGUAAAACUUACCCAACCGAUUGUUUAGUUCUUUGUUGAUAAUCUACUGUAUAAUGAAGUCUGUGGUGUAUCAGGUUAGGAUAAUUUAGGGUUGACUAAUUGUAGAUCAAGAGCAGCAUUGAGUGCUAACUCCUCCACACACGCUCAUGCACACACACACACUCACACACACACACACACUGUACACAGAAGUCAGUGACUUGGCACCAUACGUUACCUUUUAAGUCUUCUGUUGUAUUAUUUCCCCUUACCCACUCCCCUGUUUUUGCAGUCAUUUUGCAGACUGCAUCAGUAUUUUUGACUGUCAGAGCUGUACAUUUUUACACAGGAUGUAUCUAAAUGUUUUUUAUACAUACUGUAUGGUUUUAGCAAAAGCCAGAGUUUAUUUUCUAAUAUAUAACUGUCUGAAUUGUGUAUGUUCAUGUAUUUUAUGAGAGCAAUGGUAAAUACAAAGCUUUAUGACCUAAAUGAUUCAUUAAAGUAGUUGACACUUGU